GUUUUCCAAACAGUUUAUGACAAUCAUUGGUUCUCAUAAGAACUUCGUUUCCCAUAAAGACCUUUGUUAGCUCCCGGAUGCCCGCAGUGUCUUCUGGGACUGGAGCGUGUUCCACUUCCUUUCUUUCCGACAUCUUGACCGAGCAGCAUCAUGCCGCCCAAAGACGCGAAAAAGGGGAAAGACUCUGGGAAGUCCAAAAAGGACAAGGACCCAGUCAACAAGUCUGGAGGCAAGGCCAAGAAGAAGAAGUGGUCCAAGGGAAAAGUGAGGGACAAGCUUAACAACCUGGUCCUCUUCGACAAGGCCACCUAUGACAAGUUGUACAAGGAGGUGCCCAACUACAAGCUGAUCACGCCAGCAGUGGUGUCUGAGAGGCUGAAGAUCAGAGGGUCUCUGGCCAGGGCCGCACUCUUGGAGCUGCUGGGCAAAGGCAUGAUCAAGCUGGUCUCCAAACACAGAGCUCAGGUCAUCUACACACGUAACACCAAGGGCGGAGAUGAGGAAGUGCCCGAGAAAAAAGACGAGAAAGAGAAGUAGAGGGUCUAUCUGAUGCUGGUGCCUGGAUAUUUGUAAAUGAAAAUUGAAUAAAAACAAACAAAAACAA